AAUCUAAAAUUUGUUAUUUAGUAGUGGAGAUUGCACGCAAAAAUGCUUAAAAUCGUUAAUGCUGCAAAUAAUUUCGGUUAUAAUCACUCAAAGUCCAAAUGUGCCGAAAUUCAUUAUCAAUCUUCAACAUUUUCGAUUUUAUGCAUUUUCUGUGGUUUGAAAACGCUUGCGUUUUCUGAAUUCUGUGAACAUUUUAAAAAACAUUGUGAAGAAUUCACGAACGAAUUGUCUGACACAGAAGUAUUGACUAUUAAUAUUGAAAGCAACAGGACGACAAAUUCCAAUUGCAAGCACGAUCCAUUGAAAUUAGAAGCCGCAGAUAUCCCAAAUGAUUCGGAAGUGGGAUUAAACAUUCUUGGGACAGCCAAUCAAGGAACAAUCAUAGUAGAACAUAAAAACGAUGAAAGUCUUACUGUUAGUCAGUUGUUUCGGCGCAAACCAGUAUUUGUGGGACUACAAUAUAAUAAAAAUAUUGUGAACAACAAAAUAAAAGAGGAAGAUACUGGUGUGAACACGAAAUCUACUAAAACAAAUUUGGUAGAUUGUUCAACUUAUAAACGGACUUCAGGUCAUGAAAACACCAGUGAAAGCGAAAGUGAUCAUACAGAUUCAAACCACACAGAAAGUAAGGCAAAUGAAAGUAUUGAUUGGACGAAAUCCUACGAACCAAAUUUGUUAAAAAAUAGUGACAAACGUCCUUACAAAGCACGUAAUACGCCAAAUAUGUGCACAUAUUGUGGUAAAACUUUUCGACGCCGUUUGCAGCUGGAUACGCAUUUAAAUAUACACACUGGUUCCAAACCACACCAAUGUGAGAUUUGCGGGCGUCAAUUUCGUGCAGUAACAACAUUAGCUCGUCAUCGCAAUACCCACCAAAAUCGCUCCGAUUUCUGCUGUAAGUUUUGUUCGAAGUCUUUUUCACGGCGAGCAGCAAUGAUAAGCCACGAAUUGCGCCACACACAAGAGCGACGCGUACCAUGCGACGAGUGUGAAAAGCUAUUCUACACGGUUAAUCAAAUGGAUACACAUAAACGAAAAGUUCAUCAUAUGACGGAUGAUGCAUCCUUACCAUUUCAAUGUAAUUUGUGCACAAAUCGCUAUCGCAGCGCCUCUAUGUUAAGUACACAUAAGUUAAAAAAACACUAUAAAACAGCAAAAAUAUUUUGUGACCAAUGUGACAAAAAGUUCAUUGAUGAAGCUCAAUUAGAGGCUCACAAAACUAUACACAAACCAACUCUUAAACAUAAUUCUUAACAAAUUGGUACAUAAAUAAUAAUUUAAUUACUUUCUA